AUGCCCGAGGCUCAGCUUAGAACAGCCAGGCGGCUCGGUCAGCUGGCCAGCCAAAUGAAAUCGGCUCGCCACUUCUCAACCGGCGCUGUCAUGAGAAAGGAAAUUCAGGAGGCGUACAUUCUCAGUGCUGCGCGAACACCAACCGCAAAGUUCAACGGCUCAUUCACCACCGUGCCCGCUCCCCAGCUCGGCGCUACCGCCAUCAAAGCCGCCCUCGAAAAGUCAAAGGUUCCGAUAGAAAAGAUCUCUGAUGUGUACAUGGGCAACGUACUUGGAGGAGGAAUGGGCCAGGCGCCCGCCCGACAGGCCGCCAUCUUCGCCGGCCUCCCUACGUCCAUCGAGGCCAUCACCAUCAACAAGGUGUGCUCUUCUGGCCUCAAGGCUGUCGCUUUUGCGGCGCAAAACAUUCAGCUAGGCCUGGCUGAGGCCCAGAUUGCCGGUGGCAUGGAGAGCAUGACCCGGGUCCCAUACUAUCUGCCACGUGCGAGCGGCCUGCCUGCUUUCGGCAAUGUUACUUUUGAGGACGGACUGAUCAAGGAUGGUCUGACCGAUGUCUACAACAAAUUCCACAUGGGCAACUGUGCAGAGAACACGGCCAAGGUUCACAACAUCUCUCGAGAGCAGCAGGAUGAAUUCGCCAUCCAGUCAUACAAGAACGCUCAAAAGGCCUGGGCCGAGAAGGCGUUUGCUGAUGAGAUUACCCCCGUCGCCGUCAAGAACAAGAAAGGAGAGGUCAUCGUUGAGGCGGACGAGGGCUACCUCGACGUCAAGAUUGAGAAGGUCCCAACCUUGAAGCCCGCAUUUGUUCGCGACGGAACUGGCACAGUUACCGCUGCCAACUCGUCGACCCUGAACGACGGUGCCAGUGCUCUGGUCCUGGGCAACAAGACCAUUGCACAGCAGUACGGAUCCGGCUCUCGCGUCCUAGCGAGGAUUGUCUCCCACGCUGACGCUGCGGUCGACCCCAUUGACUUCCCAGUCGCUCCCGCAAAGGCCAUCCCCAUCGCUCUGGAGCGUGCCGGCAUCACCAAGGAUCAGGUCGCCAUUUGGGAGAUCAACGAGGCCUUUGCAGGCGUUGUUCUGGCCAACAAGAAGAUUCUUGGCAUCGAGAAUGCCCGUGUCAACCCUCUUGGAGGCGGCAUUUCCCUCGGCCACGCCCUAGGCAGCUCCGGAUCACGAAUUCUCACAACGCUGCUGCACCAGCUGAAGCCUGGCGAGUAUGGUGUUGCGGCAAUCUGCAACGGAGGAGGCGCUGCCACAGCCAUGGUUGUGCAGCGAAUUGAAUCCGUCUAA